AUGUCAGCUUCCAACCUUACCACCUUCCCCUCGCUCACUUUCCUCCUCAUGGGCUUCCCAGGGCUGGAGGCUGCUCCUUCCUGGCUGGCCCUGCCCAUCUGCAUCUUGUUCCUCCUCUCGGCUGUAGGGAACAGUACCGUUGUCUUCAUCGUCCUCACGGAGCCGAGCCUCCAUGCGCCCAUGUACCUGUUCUUGCUCAUGUUGGCCGUGUCGGACCUGGGCCUAUCCACCGCCCUCUUGCCGACCAUGCUCAGCUUAUUUCUGUUUGGCCACCAAGAGGUCAGUGCCGGUGCCUGCUUCUCCCAGCUCUUCUUCAUCCACACGUUCUCCAUCAUGGAGUCCUCGGUGCUACUGGCCAUGGCUUUCGACCGCUUUGUGGCCAACUGCAAGCCCCUGCGGUACCCCUCCAUCUUAACUCGCACCCGGGUGGUCCAGAUUGGCUUUGCUAUCGCUGUCCGGAGCAUCGUCUUGCAUCUCCCCCUCCCCUUCCUCCUUCAGGGCCAGAGGUACUGCCAGCCCAAUGUCCUGUCUCAUUCGUACUGCUUGCACCCAGAUGUGAUGAAGCUGGCUUGCACAAACGGCCGUUACAGCUCAUAUGGCCUUUUUGUGGUCUUCUCCACCAUGGGGAUGGACCCCGUGUUCAUUGUCUUCUCUUAUGCCUGGAUCCUGAAGAGCGUCCUCAGCAUUGUGUCGGUGGAGGGACGCAUCAAGGCGCUGAACACCUGCGCCUCGCACAUCUCUGUGGUGGUGAUCUUCUACACCCCCAUGCUGGUGCUGUCACUCAUCAACCGGCUGGGCCUCCAUGUCACCCCCUUCAUCCACAUCCUCCUCUCCUUCCUCCACUUCCUGGUCCCGCCGGUCCUCAACCCCUUGCUCUAUUGCGUGAAGAUGAAGGAGGUGCGUGGGCGCAUCACCGGCCGGCUCCUGAGGUCCCAGAGGGUCUGCUCAAUGCACUGA